AUGCCAGUUUGCACAUCCUGCCACCAGACCAAGAACGACGAAGCCUUCUUCCACAAGAACAAAAAAUGGAAGACAUGUCAAACGUGUAUUGAGCAACGUGCAGCCAAGAAAGCCAAAACCAAGAGAAAGAGAGAGGAAGAAAGUUCAGUCGCCCCUACUACUGAGGAAGAGACACCACGUGUCGCUUUACGUUCUGUCGCUUUGAUGGAAUUGUCGGAUUUGGUAGCGAGCGAGCUUCGCGAACUGUCUUCUACUCCAGCUCCCUACAAUCAGGACGGUUCGCAGACUCUUGCUUUUAAUUUGAGGGUCUCGUUGAACUUGACUGGUGUGAUCACCGGGACUGAGAACCCUAAAGAAGUUGCUCGAUGGAUAGUGGAGGAAAUCGAACGGGCUGACGAAUUCAAUUGGACUUACAAUUGUAUGAAUACUUCAAUGCGUCAUAAAGACGUAGCCAAAUUCUACUAUGUCUGCAGUCAGUCGAUGGUAGCCAUGAAAGAGUACAAAGAAGGAUCAAAUAGAAAGCGAAUGGAGCGUUUUCCAUGCCAAGGAAAGAUGCAAAUGAAAAUCGAUAUACCAGCUGGCGAGGCAAUGUUGGAAAUUCAUCAUGGUCUGCUUCAUAGUCGGCCAGUAAUCACCACUGAAAUCAGUGACGAAUGUCGAAAAGAGAUUGAAGAAAAUCUUAAUUUGCCACCGAUUCAACUUCGGUCGUACCUUCGCACGAAAGGCGUUUUAAAGAAUUACACUCCUAAACAAAUUCAUACAUAUUGGGAGCGUGUAGCCGCGAUGAAGAAUCCUACAUUACUUGCUCAAUAUAAUGCUGGUCUUGCACCAACCCUUCCCGGUGACUACACGAUUAUGACCGCAGCAAUGAAUAAUUACACGGGAAAUAUCGUCAGUAUAAAUCCGAUAUCUACUGAUGUUCCGAUGGUUCCUGUUAAGAAUCAGCAAAAACAAAUUAAAUUUGAUCAUGAUGAGUUUGUUGAAUACGCUGCAAAGAUGGAACAUUUCUCGAAACGAGUGAGAGAUCAAUUAGAACGUGGAAAUUAUCUUUGGUUGGAUACAGUGAAAAUAUUGACUGCGGGUGUAAUUGAAAUGGAAAACGACAUAGAAGAAUUGGAACGACAACGAGCAAGUGAACGAGGCACUAAACCGUGGACAAUGCAUUACAAAUAA